AUGGCUUCUCACGGACAUCCUGGACAAAUAAAGAAAAAUAGUUCUAGUCCCAACGUCGUGGGUUUAAAUGCCAACAAGGCUCCUUCUAUUUCAUCUGCUAAGCCUCGAUUCAGGUCACGGACUGGAUGCUGGACUUGUCGGAGACGAAAGGUGAAAUGCGAUGAACGAGGUCGCAACUCGGAAACAGUCGCAUACGGCGGCCCAUUGUCCACCGCAUCUGGAUGCAAAAGAUGCGAAGAUAGUGGUAGACCUUGUCAUGGGUAUGGUGCACAUGCUCCCAAUAGACCAUUGCUGCACUCGUAUGCAGCCUCCACACCUGGGGAUCUAGCAAAUAACUCAACACCAUUCUACACGCUCGGUAAUAGUACCCAAGAACACCCGUCCAACUUUCCAUACUUCUCCCAUUAUAUGUCAGCAUCAGAUUCAUCGCCAUCCAUCAUGUCCGACCUAGCAUCCUGGAGUAGGUCAUCAGACUCUCUCAAAGUUGCAGAGCAAUAUCCCGAACAAGAUUUACACGCUCAACACUUGAGACUAGCUUCCUCGACCUCCGCCGCCGCUCCAAACCUUGCUUCAACCCCAGGAACGAUUCAUUCUCACCCACACACGCUCAUCACCCCACCGCUUGAUAUGAGACGCUUUUCUGUUCCCACUUAUCCCACUUGGCACAGCUCAGCUCAGGAGCGUCAUCAAGCUAAUCAUCAUCAUCCCGGAGACUCGAGGGAUUCUUUUUAUCUUCAUUCAGCACCCCGCGACGUGGGAAAUCUCAACAAUGAUGGCAUAUUUCAAGCGGAUGGGACAAUACGAGAUAACAUUCAGGAAACCCCAUUUAUGAACAUUUCCCUCAACACUCCACUAUUACAUCGUUCUAAUGGGUCUAAUGCAAAUUUUUCAAGUGUGCGACCUCAUGAUCCCGAUAUGCGGCCAAAUACUCAAAGUACCAAUCGCCCUCACCUUUCAUCUGUUGAUUUUGGAAGACCGCAUACGUCUAGCGGCGUGACUUUGCCCCAUGUUAAUAAUACUCAUCUAGCGUCGUCCAGAAAUUAUCGGAGUCCAGUCUUCCAACACCCCGAAGUCAUCAGUGGCAUACCAGAGUCAGCUUACGAUUCUUCUGUCUCUCCCACCACUACUCAUUGCAGUGAACUAGGACGAAAUGGGUGGCCUGAUUCGAUGAAUGGAUCUAAUCACUCAAAAUUGCCCUUACAACCAUUCAACCCAACAGGUCCUUCACUUCCUGGCUUCCACUCACCUACGAUGAGUAAACCAUUGUCUCCAAUAACGCAAAGGACGAGUGCUUCUCAAGAUUUAUCAUUACUCAAGCCAGUCUCGCCCAUUGAUGCUUCCAAUGCUUGCUCUCUCAAACCACGUUAUGACUUCUAUUCUCCUUCAAAAGGAAUGCCGUCUGAUACCCAUUCGCGUUUUCCGUUAUCGGGCGCUAAUCUUCACUCUCCCUCUCACAAUGGGAAUUUCCACGGUCCACCAAAGAUGGAAUACGGAGCUGUAUCAAUCGACAGUCAUCAUCUGAUUGGCAGUGAUAUGAAAAAACAAUCCAGUUCAACUCUUGAAGUGAAUGGUGGUUCCAAAAUUCUGAUACACCCUCCUAGCUAUGUCGAUUCCUUCGAGUCUGGAAUGAGUCAGGCAAUACCCGAUCGAAAGAAUUCCACGUCUUCUUCUAGAUCAUCUCUUUCUACUUUUGAUCAUGGUUCAUCUCCUCAUAUAUCACUUACUGGACGUCCAUCUACCAAUCACCCAUGUUCUCCUUCCGACGCUUCCUCUUCUUCUUCUCCGGGAUCGACUACUCAACUUCACCAAAAUCAUUAUCAUCAGCCCACGAUGAGUAAACAAUCAUCAUCGAUGAACAUGUUUGAAGUAUUACAAACUAACAAUCAUACAAAUUGGAAUCCCAUGGACGCACAUGUCUUACAAGAGCCUGUAAACCAUGAAUUUUCAAUUCAUCAAGGAAAUCAUUUAUCUGUAAACCCAAAGAACGAUUCAAGUAACGAUGACAGCCCCGUUUCCACGGCUAACUCUACAUUCUCUUGUCCGGGAAGAAAUCAGUAUGAAGCCCACGGUUCACCUGGAAUUUUACAUCACAACACGAUGAUUGAAGAGCCUGCACCUUCAUUUUCUCUUAUUUAUAAAUUCCCACCACCUGAAACUCCUUUACCUAUAAUUGAGACUUCACAACACUUUUCAGUAGACUCAUCAACACACAAAGGUCAAAUGAGAAUUGUCCGUGUAAGCUGGAUUUUUGAACAUAAGCUUCAAAGUUGA